UUCCAAUCCCCUCCAUAUCAUGUGAUUCAGGUGUUCCAAUCCCCUCCAUAUCAUGUGAUUCAGGUGCUCCAAUCCCCUCCAUGGACACAGGUGUAUACAAUCCAUCCCCUAGGCAUGCAGACGGCUUCUACAAACAUUGGUGAAAGAAUGGGUCACUCUCAGGAGCUCCGUGACUCCAAGCGUGGUCCCGUGAUAGGUGGCCACCUGGGCAAUAAGUCCAUCCGUGACAUUUCCUGGCUACUAAAUAUUCCACGCUCAACUGUUAGUGGGGGAUUAUAACAAAGUGGAAGCCACUGGGAACAACAGCCACUCAGCCACCAAGUGGUAGGCCACGUCACAUGACAGGGCGGGGGUCAGCGCAUGCUGAAGCGCACAGUGCGCAGAAGUCGCCCAACUGUCUGCAGAGUCAAUAGCUAAAGACCUCCAAACUUGGUGUGGCCUUCAGAUGAGCCCAAAAACAGUGUGUAGAGAGCUUCAUGGAAUGGGUUUCCAUGGCCGAGCAGCUGCAUCCAA